AUGGUGUAUCCCACGCCCACCCCCACGCCCACGCCCUACCCACUCCCUGUGAGAAGGGUACUCUGCUCUGCACCACCCCGUACCCCCUGCCCUUACCCCCCUCCCUAUCCUCGUGAAAGUAUCCCCGCAGACCCCGCCUUUGUCCCCACUUCUAUGGCGCGGAAGUCCAGUCGCUCUGCCUUAUCCUAUGGGAGUUCCGACCAUGUGUGGCGCGACGCAUAUCCUCUCGCCUCCGCCGCCGGCCGCUCAUUAAUUCCGGCGCGGCCACCAGCACCAAUUCUGCUUCACUUUAAACUACCUCCUCCAACGCACCCACGCACUCUCACCCUCACCCUCGCUCUCGCCCACACUCUCUACCUAAACCUCAUCCUCACCCACCCACACACCUUCACCUACACUCUCAACUUCAUCCUCAUCCUCACCCACGUUCACCCCUUCACCCACACUCCGUCUCCUGCACCCACAUCCUCAUCCUCGCCCUUACCUACGCUCACACCUUCACCCACGAUUUCACCCUCACCCACACCCACAUCCUUCCCCUCUCCCAAACCCACAUGCUCACCCAUACCCUCGCCCUCACCCACGCCCACACUCCGUCCACCCUUACCCCUGCUAUUCCAUCGUGUCUGA